AUGUCAAAGAUUCUGAAGUGUGCUGGAAAUGAAGAUAUCAUCACACUUAGGGCAGAAGACAAUGCUGACUCUUUGGCGCUUGUCUUUGAAACACUCAAUCAGGAGAAAGUGUCCGACUAUGAGAUGAAACUGAUGGAUCUGGAUGUGGAGCAGCUUGGCAUUCCAGAGCAGGAAUACAGCUGUGUGGUGAAGAUGCCCUCUGGUGAAUUUGCCCGAAUCUGCAGGGAUCUGUCACAGAUCGGUGAUGCCGUCAUGAUCUCUUGCGCUAAGGAUGGUGUGAAGUUCUCUGCCAGCGGAGAGCUGGGCACAGGCAACGUCAAGCUCUCACAGACCAGCAAUGUCGACAAGGAGGAUGAAGCGGUGACAAUUGAGAUGAAUGAGCCAGUGCAGCUUAUCUUUGCAUUGAACUACCUGAACUUUUUCACCAAGGCCACUCCUCUGUCCAAGACGGUCACGCUCAGCAUGUCUGCAGACAUUCCACUAGUGGUUGAGUACAAGAUUGCAGACAUGGGACACGUCAAAUACUAUCUGGCACCCAAGAUUGAUGAAGAAUCGUCCUAAAUCCAAGUACAAGACUAAAAUCUUCGGCAGAAUUUUGGUCUGCAUAUCAGAAAUGAUUUCGAUAGAUGUUUUGGGGAAAUGCAUUUUACUACUUUGUGUCUGCGGUGGUUUCCAUUUCAAUGGAUUCAAAAUUCUGUAACCAUUUAAGCCAUUUCAUAUGAUUGGCAGAUAUAUGGGCACACUUAAACGAUAGUAGUUUGGUAUUCGGCUUUACCAGGUGAUGUGGGCUGAAUCUAGAGUUGUUACAGACAGCAUGCACAGACUUACUAGGUUCAGUCUCGUUUUCUUGGUCUUUGUGCUCGUCUUCCUCCUCGACUCCACUUCAGGUUUUUGUCCAACUUCUCAUUCCAGUGUGUAGAUAAUUGUCUGUAAAUAUGCUAAUUGGACACUGUUCAUCCAGUCAACCAUUAAUAAAAAAGUUUGUAAUGAUG